UGUGGUGGCGACAUACAGCAGUAGCCGUGUGCGUCUGUAUCUGUCGUGUGUCUAUCACAGCUGUGGAAUAUAAGAUUAUCCCAAUAUUAAUAUGGAUUUGUUCAACACGUUGCUUAUGAGCAUGCUUACUUUUGGGACUGUUGUGAACCAUCGUCAAACCAAUGUGUCUCAGAGACUGCAGUAUAGCCGGGAUUUCCUAAUUCAAUGCAAUGGUUCAGCCCCGCAGACUUUUUGCAAUGAAAUUCCACCAGAGAUUCGCAGAUGCGGGCCUUUUAGCCUCAAUCGACAGACGGAGAUGGAGGUGAGGAUCCGCGAACGAGGCAGUGAAGUAUACGGGGGACGGCGUGGGCCUGUCGCCGAAUUGCGGAUGUCAUCAGCGGGUCGAGUGAGAAAGCGUGGCCGGAGGGGAGGAGUGCGACGGAGGUUACGCAGAACGGGAUUGCGCCGCCUGCCACUUCCCUCGAUUAUCCUUGGAAACGUGCAAUCAUUAAGGAACAAAGUGGACGAACUGCAGGCAAAUGUUAAAUUCAUACCGGAGUUUAAAAAUGCUUGCAUCAUAGCCCUGACUGAGACUUGGUUAAAAGAACAUGAUCCGAGCCAGGAUUUUGAAAUCGAUGGCUUUGACCAGCCUAUCAGGUUAGACAGAGACGCACAGCUGACUGGUAAAACACAAGGAGGGGGUGUGUGUUUAUACGUCAACUCCCGCUGGUGUAAAACCAUAAUAGUAAGGGAAUCUAUAUGUAGCCCACAUAUUGAACUUUUAUCUAUCUCACUCCGUCCCUUUUAUUUACCACGAGAAAUUCCUCAAAUUUUUAUUACACUGGUCUAUAUCCACCCAAGAGCCAAUCUGACAGAUGCGGUAACUGAAAUCACCAAACUUGUUCACCGUUUACAAAAUAUUUCUCCGGAUGCUCCGCACUUUAUACUUGGUGAUUUUAAUAUGUGUAGUCUUAAGAAAGAUCUUGGGCACUUUUAUCAAUAUGUAAGCUGUCCUACUAGACAUGGCAAAAUUCUAGAUAUGUGCUAUGGUACCGUUAAAGAUGCCUAUAAAUCUUACGUAAUGCCACCCCUGGGGUCUUCUGACCAUAGCUGUGUCUUUCUGGCUCCGAUCUAUCAAUCAGCCCUGAGGAGAGGCAAAGUUGAGCGUAAAGAGGUCUCUGUGUGGACAGACGAUGCUAUUAAAGAACUGAAUGGAUGCUUUUACAGUACCGAUUGGGAUGUUUUUAAGGACUCAUGCACUGAUCUAGAUGAAUUGACUUUCACUGUGACAAGUUACAUUAAAUUCUGUGAGCAAAUGAUUAUUCCCACAAAGACGAUUACAUUAUACCCCAAUAAUAAGCAAUGGGUGAGUAGAUCACUUAAGCACGCUCUUAAUAAGAAAAAGAUAGCUUUUCAACAGAAUGAUAUAUACAAAAAAAGAGAGACUCAAAGGCUGGUGAAGAACGAAAUAAAGUUGGCCAAAAGCCAGUUUAAGGACAAGGUGGAAGAUCAGCUAAAGAACGGCAAUGCUUACUGUGCUUGGAGAGGGAUUAAGGCUAUGGUGGGAAUGAGCGAUAAGAAAAAAUCAGUAGCUGCAUAUGACAAAUCUGACUCUGAUGUGGCGGAGGAGCUUAAUCAGUUUUAUUCAAGAUUUGACUCCCAUGAAUUUAAUGAUGAUCUGGCUGAAUUUAGAAUUGAGUCUGAGGGAAGUCAGAUUCUGAUUGAUGAGAUAGAUGUCUGGAAGACUCUUGAGCAGAUGAGCAUAAGGAAGAGCCAGGGGCCUGACUGUAUAAGCGGCCGAUUGCUUAAAAAUUGUGCUUUGUUUUUAACUACUAUUUUUACAUUUAUUUUCCAACGCUCACUAUCAGAAAGGAAAGUACCAGGGAUAUGGAAAGAAUCAGUAGUGGUCCCAGACCAGUUGCAAAAGUCCCCUCUCCAAAGGGGCUGA